ACAACAUGUGAUGGCGUCUCCACCAUCUGUAACCUCAUGAUGACGAUAAAACUCCAACCACUUGCCAGUCCUGACCAAGAAAGGCCGUCCUUCUGACUUUCGGUGUUCCAUGAUGUCAGAAUGUCGGAGCAACCUGGACGAUGCAUUUUAACAUGCAAGCUUUUAAACAACACACUGACAUCUGUUUCUGGGGUUCGAGUGACAAGAGGAGCAAAGGAAACGGAUCACGUAAGACAUUAAACAUAUUUCACAAAUAUGCAUUUACCAUCGACCCGGUGUUCGCUUUUGAAUGCCGUGUUUCAGAGUCGUAUGAUGUCAGCUCAGCAACGCGUCUACGACCGCAACUGGGCCCGAGGAAAGGUUACCUCUUGUACAUACGUCAUCGUGUCAUAGUGCGGUUGCAUCGCAACAGAGAGCAGCACAGAACAUGACUAACUACACCGACCUUUCGUGGUUUCAUUUGUGUCGUUUCCUGGAUUUCUUGAUUGUGCAAGGUGGUGUAAUAUGCAUGAUGAUGCUUUUCAUGUCCACGUUGCGCGUGCCUCACCAAAGCGCACCUCUUCCAACUGUGCCAGAGUGGAGGAAGUCCAAUGUGCUCGUCCACGUCACGGAGUGCUCACACCACUCAAACAAACGGAACUAUACGGAUAGCCUGGUGUGAGUGUGCCCUGAAAGUCUCUCGUGGCAGACCCUACAGACCACACAAUGUGGAGAGCCAGGUCAUUUUAUACCCAGGAAGUCAAACUGUUUCGACUUCACGCACAGCUGAGCAGCUUUCACACUAAGGAACGGGGCUCCGUAUCCUGUUCUCACUGGAUGAGCUAGACAGCUUGCGGCUAGCUGUCACUCAAAGCAUCCACGCGUGUUAUUAUUCAUAACCUUAAGCUUCAAUAUCACUUCAAAUAGUGAAUAAUGUAAAGUUCAUCCGUGCGUACGGUUUCAUCCAUGGGAAAAUUAGCAAGAGAGACCGUGACGGGGUUUUUUUCGUACCAGGCUGUGAACAUGUUAUUUCUGCUCGUGUGGCCGUUCAAGGAACUGCAGCUUGUUGGCAUUUCGGCAUCUUCUUCACUUUUCAGCUCUGGAGGAUGCCGACUGGUGUUCAUUAAUGAUCUCUCUAGGGGUAUUUUGUUAACAUGAGACCGGCUAUUUCCCCUAUUUCCAGCUAAGCUAACAGGCCGCUGGCUGUUGGUCCAGAGUUACUGUACAGACUUCAGAGCUGCAUCGAUCUAACCAUCAAACUCCCAGAAGAAAGCAACAGCAGAGCUGUGUGAAGGUGGCACAGAUCGACAACCGCCCCCACCCAAAAAUGUGGAAGUUCCAGAAAAGUUUGGGCUGUUUGUUCCUCCUGUGUUGCGUCCGCCCGACUGAGUGUCGGGUGCUGAAGUUUGUCGUGGCUGUGUUCCGACACGGUGAUCGAUCUCCGAUUGAGUCGUAUCCCAGAGAUCCUCAUGGGGAGGAGGUGUGGGCUCAGGGCUUUGGACAGCUGACCGAGCUGGGCAUGAAACAACAGUUUGAGCUGGGCCGAUUCCUGAGGAGGCGUUACGGGAACUUUCUCAGCGAGGACUACAACAACAGAGAGUUGUACGUCCGGAGCACUGACUACGACCGCACUCUCAUGAGCGCCCAGGCCUGCCUUGCCGGGAUGUUCCCUCCAACCAGACGCCCAGCUCCCAUCAUGCCCCAGUUACCGUGGCGGCCUAUUCCCGUGCACACCAUCCCCAGGGCCCAGGACAAGCUGUUGAGGUCUCCGGGCAAAGACUGUCCGAGGUUCAGAGCACUGAUGACGGAGACCUUCGAGAGUCAGCCCUACCAGAGGUUCCUCAGGGCUCACCAGAACUUUGUGGAGGGGCUUUCCAACCACACUGGCUACCCCGUCGCCAAAUUGGUUGGCAAAAAAAUAUGGAGGGUCUACGACACUCUCACAUGCCAGAGGAUCCACAACCUGACUCUCCCACGCUGGGCCACCCAAGAUGUAGUGGACACCCUGAAGAGAGUCGCAUCGUUUGAGGUCAUGUACAGCAUCCACAGUCACAAGCGGAAAGAGAAGGCCCGGCUGUCGGGAGGGGUCCUACUAAAUGCCAUUCUCAGGAAUUUCUCCAGGGCUGCAGAGCAAGGGAGCCCUCUCAAAUUCAUUAUGUACUCAGCUCAUGACUCGACACUCAUCACCCUCCAGGCGGCUCUGGACGUGUACAACGGCCUACUUCCUCCUUAUGCCGCCUGUCAGCUCUUCGAGUUCUACCAGGAGUAUGAUGGUUCCUAUUCUCUGGAGCUGUAUUACCGCAAUGACUCCUGGCGCGACCCCUACCCAAACCCUGUGCCAGGAUGCAACGGGUUAAACCCAUGCCCUCUGCCCAUGUUCAUUGAGCUGGUGAAGGACGUCAUAGCAGAUGACUGGGAGGCUGAUUGCGGGUUCAAGACCAAAUUGUCGAGGACAGGUGUCGUAACUGCUCUUGCAGUGACCGUGGGCCUCCUGGCAGUGGCGCUGUUGUUCAGCAUAGGAGUGGCUAUACACAGGAGGAGAGCACACUACUCCAGGGAGGUGUAGCACAGACAACUGUCACUCAUGUGAAAAAAAAAAACAGAAAGGUGCCUCUGAGCUGUGAAAACAGCUCUAAGAUUAACAAUAAUAAUAUGCAAUGUAUUUUAUUAUUUAGAUUCUGAUUUUGUGUGAAUGAGGUCUGUGAGCUGGACAACAUGCACAUGAGAGGUUAAAUAAAAGCAAAAUAGAUAUUUA